AUGACGCUCGACCCCCGGCCUUUAGUGCCCUCGUCACCCCCUCCGCCCACUUCCGCCGCCAUGACCGACCCCCGCCCCGGCCCCCCACCCUUGUCCCCGCCACCCUCACGCCCACAGCCGCCCACACUCCCCAUGUCGUCCCUGGCCGCGGCCUCGACGCUGUCAAUGGUGCCACGGUCAUCAGCGUUCACUGCCGUCUUUCCUUCCAUGGGACGCGCGCCGCUGCCAGACUUGGCGGCACUCAACCUGGCGGCGUUCGAAUCCUAUUUGGCACUAACGGGACUCUCGCGCCUCACCCAGCGACACGCCUCCGAUACCCUCUCCUCACACUGCAAAAAGUUUGACUUUUCCCGCCUGGCGGAGAGUGUUUCUGACAGCGAGAAACGAGCGGCGGGCGGCAGUCCGUCGCCACCGGUGUCGUCGUCGGCGGCGGCGGCGAGCCUGGCGCAGGUGGCACCUCUUAUGUCAUCAGUGAGGUCAUUACCGCUGCUCACCGACACAUACCCGCUGCUGCUCAACCCUCUCUACCAAUCCAUGCUGGCGCAGCAGCAGCAGCAGCAGCAACAGCAACAACAGCAGCAGCAGCAGCAGCAACAGCACCCCUCCGUGGGGUACCGGCGAGCGCUGGGCAGAGGCCGUGCGCCCAGACCCAAGAAACAGUUCAUAUGCAAGUACUGCAACAGACAAUUUACCAAGAGCUACAACCUGCUAAUUCACGAGCGGACGCACACGGACGAGCGACCCUACACCUGCGACAUCUGCGGCAAGGCCUUCCGUCGCCAGGACCACCUUCGCGACCACAGGUACAUCCACAGCAAGGAGAAGCCCUUCAAGUGCGCCGACUGCGGCAAGGGCUUCUGCCAGAGCCGCACCCUCGCCGUCCACCGCAUCCUGCACAUGGAGGAGUCCCCGCACAAGUGCUCUACCUGCGGCAGGAGCUUCAACCAGCGGAGCAACCUCAAGACCCACCUCCUUACACACACCGACAUCAAGCCUUACACCUGCCCUCAGUGUGACAAGGUAUUCCGGCGCAACUGUGACUUGCGUCGCCACGCCCUCACACACAACCUGACCUCGCCUCUUGACCUCGACCUCAGCUCCCUGCCGCCGACCUCGUCUGAUGUCUCCCUCCUCGGCCUCGACCUGCCCUCGCCCACCGCCGCCUCCCUCCACCACCUUCACCACCACCAUCACCACCACCAGCUCUCACCGCCCGGGUCUUCAGCUGCUGCAGGAGACGAGGAGACAGAGAAGGAAGUGACGCUUGCCGCCGCUGCUGCUGCUGCUGCCGCUGCUGCUGUUGCCGCCGCCGCCCGCGCCUACAGCAGCAGCAGCGACGAGGAAGAGGCGGCCAGAGCUGGCAAACGCUCCAAGAUAGAUCAGGCCUUUGGCGACCCUGCUGGUGUUGGGUAUGACGACCUCGACGACGAUGACGAGGAUGACGACGAGGUCGACUUCGGCAAGGACGACCUGUUGGACGACGACGAUGACGACGACAGUAACCACUCUAGCCCCCCGACCCUCCUGGGCAGGUUCCGUUCUGAAGCUCAGAAGGAACCCCUGAACCUCGGGGCGUCCACCUCCGCCUCCCUGGCCUCCUUCAGCAUCGCCUCCAUCAUAGGAGGCGCGGAUUAACUUCCGUUAUUAAUAUACGUGUGUGUACAAUAACCUAUUGUGAGUCCCAGACCAUAAAUACGUCCCAUUCCAGAGUUAUGGCAGAUAGGAGAGUGAAGGAUAAGUGUGGUCACUUCUCGAGUGGUGCAGUGUAGCUCGUGAGGAACCCCUAAGUGGUCCUUUCAUUUUAAGUGGAUUUAAGUGAAAUGAAUUUAAUCCAAGUGGAUUCAAGAAGACUUUUGUAAAUCACCUUGAUAUUUUCAGACUUUGAGCUGGUCUUUUAGAAUCGAGUGGUUACUAGCGGCUGGCAGCGAUCUCUGGUAUUCCUGAGAAGUUUACAGUAAGUGUAAAGUGGCCCCCAAGACUAUGCCUCCAGUUGGUCCAACGUUCAGAACGGAACCGUGAAUGUUGAGGCGACACCGAUGAUGAGACAAACUAACGCUGUACGUCUGCUCCCUCACUCCACCAACUCCCUCUGGAGUUGGUGACGAUGACGCAGGGACCGUCAGUAGCGAGGGAGAGGUCCUGCCACGAGCAUCUAGUCACGUGACGUAGGGACGCCUCUGGAGAUGGGGCGCCGCCACUGACGGCCGUCACUCUAGUGGGCGUAUUUAGCAAACUGUUUUCAAGGCGGAAGACUGUGUUAUGGCCGCCGCUGAUUGCCCCAAGCAGCACUGGUCUCCCCCACAAUCUCUACCCCUCAUACCAGUCUCCCAAGAGCCCUCUCCUCCAGAGAGUGACAACACCACCUCCGUCACACCUUUCUGUCUCCCGUGGCCUCAGGAUAUGUUGCCAGUGGCGGUAUCCGGCUGCCAGCACCUCUUGCAACCUGCCUCACGGGUUGCUACGGUACACUGACGCCGCCCGUUGCUCGUGCUGGAUACAGGUCAAAGAAUAAUACUAACAUUUUGGAAUAAAUUAUGAGGUGUACAUAUAUAUAUUGCAGUUCGCCAGGGCAGUGUUGAUGGUUGCUAUGCCAAAGAGUUUUCGAACCCGAGUAGUGUGUAUUUUGUUAUUGAUGGCUUAGCGCUGUUGUUGCCAUAGUGAUUCUAGAGGUUGUACUCGGGAGCUGGUUUUGUCAGAGUGCUUCCAGGAGGAUAUACCAAAGCCUUGGUGUUGUCAAAGUGCUUUCAAGAAGUAGUUCUCAGCCGUGAACCACCGUAAGCGAGUGUUCAAAGCUUCGACGGUGAGUUUGAAUAGACCAUUAUCUCCCGUGUGAGCCACCUGGAGACUGAUGCACCGUUCUGGCAGUAGAUGGGCGAGUCAUGGUGUGUUGUGUGUUCAGGUCCUGGUGGCGGUGCUCUUGUGCAGUCUGCAUGGUCCGUAAUCGGUCUCACAUCAUCCCCCUGAGAGCUCGAGCAAUGUUAAAUAUCACACCUCUGAUCCUUCCUCGGGUAAUCGGAUCACCCGCGCCGGUAGGAUCGAGUUAGCUGUGUUGUUCGCAAAAGCUAUGGGGCCUCUACACAUUUAUUUUGUGAAUGUUCGGGAUGUUUGAAGCUAUAUUCUCUUUCAAAGUGUGUACACAAGAUCGCCUCAGCGUGAGUUGUAGGGGGGUUGAGCGCUGCUGUCUUGUGUAACAUACCUCAGUACCUCAGCAUAAUUUAUUGUUGUUGUUUCAGUAUUGCAUAUUGUGAAUAUUCUGAGCCCGACCUUCCGUUUAGUGGCGACAGUUUCCUUGUGUAUAUGUGUGUGUGUGUUUGUGUGCGUUGGACGAUCCUCUUCGCGCUCCCGAGAUCCUCUUUGUCGGACCGUAAGAGCCGCCCCGCGUCGCUCAACAGGCGACCCUACCACUUGCCGCUCAUCGGUAGACGCGAUGGUAUUUCUCACUUGUAUAUAUAGUCUUUCCUGAUAAAUCCAUCGGACGAUAUUCUAUGCGCCUCGGUGGGGGGUUCAGAUCCUCCAGAAGCAAGUAGGAGAGGCCUCCAAGACCUGUCCCUUUAGGUGCCCCAGGCGAAGUCGGAAAUAUUCACCAAACGUUUUCUGUUGGCAGAAACACAAUAAGGAUUUUUUGUUUUUGUUUUUUUGUGGAUGUCGAGAUAUGGACAAAGACACGAGUUUUAUUCUAUGGUAAUUUGGUUUUAAGUAUAUAUGGUGAUAUGGUGACACAUGUUGGUGGCUGUCUGCUUCUCCCUCAAGCUGUGAGAGAUGUUACCAUUUUAUUGCACAUACACACACACACACACACACAUACAAAGCAUCCUUAAACACAAGUACGCAGUGUUAGUGCACAUACAUACAUACAUACAUACAUACAUACAUACAUACAUACAUACAUACAUACAUACAUACAUACAUACAUACAUACAUACACAUACACGCACUCAUCCAAAACAUGUACACACAAAUAUACACACAAAUACGAAACACUCAAACCGUGAUAUACAAAAAGCAUGCAGACCAAUACACAGCAUACACCAGCUCCCCCC